UCACGUGCAUUCACGCGUGCGUGGAAUAUGUCGUCAUCUGCAGUUACACGAUCUCCUCCUGACGCACAAACUCGUCGAAUUUCUUUUGAAGAGAAGAGCAGUCACCUAACCUUAUAACCACUCACAUUAUAUCAUGGUCCACGAUACUAUCAACUGAUUAAGAUGGAGCGUGCACGUUCCCAGACGAGAUCACUGGGGUCUGGUACAGUGCUGACAAGGGAGCCCUCUCCUUCAACUCCACCAUCAUCGACAACUACCCCAUCUUCAUGUCGUAUAGCGUUAGCUCACUCGACUUCGCCUGUGAGGAAAACCAGGGAUAUAAAUAUUUACUCAAGUCCACAACCACGACCCUUGUGUUUGGCAGUUAUAUAUAUGGCUAUCUGUGUAUAGAUCUGAGACGGGUGUCACAAUACAAGUAUUACUACUACAUAGGUACAACGGUCGAACAGACGGUGAACGAGCACAUUUACGGGCGCGUGGCAGCGACCACCGUCACUAUGGCCGACGCCUGCAACAGGGCCGAGCCGUACGAGGAGAGCACCUACGUCAUGUUGGUCAAAGAUGGAGCGGCGUACUCAAGUCUAGGCGAAGCUUCCUGUACUGGUCUGCUGGCCAACUACGGAAGUAUAACAGUACAGGACUACACCGGUGCAACUUCCUGUUCCGGUUCAUCAGUGAAUGGGUGCUCGGACAGGACCCAGCUUCAGUUCACAUACGCCUCCUGUGCAACCAGCAUGGUAUUCUCUAGUGGAGGCCUAUUUAUGUGUAUGAGAGCCACUACUUACGGGGACUAUAUCUAUCUGGCCCUGUGGAACAACGACACAACCGUCGACGAUUCCUCUACCUACAGAUUUACGUGUAUGGCAAUAUCACUUGACGGAAGCAAUGCAUACGUGACGGAGUACCCAAGAUAUUGCAAGGAUACAUCACAGACCUCCGUAGCCGUCCCCACCCCCGGGCUAAUCAUGCAGUUUAGCGGCCAGACAGAAACGUGUGAAAUUAUCGUGGAUGGUGCUACCUACCUGAUGUUCAUCGUCAUCAUGGUUACACUAGGACCGCUCGUCAUCCUCGGGUUGGUGGUGCUUGCAUGCUUAUGUCACAAGAAUGGUUGUCCUUGUUCAAAGAAAAGUACUUGGUGUAACAAAAACGUUGAUGAUAGCAGUAGACCAACGACCACGUACUCACAGAGAUCAGACUCAGUCAAUAACACUGUGUUCAAGAUGACCGGUUUACCGCCAUUGUGGAUCAAACACAAACGUCCGUUCGGGCCGAUCGUCGAGGCUAACAUGAUCAAGCCCCUCCCAAAAGUUGAGUCUUUGUACAGUAACACCAAGGGAGAAAGACUCAUGUCCUCCAAGUCCAGGAAAGGAUCACUUGGCAGUUUAUUCAGUUUCAACUAUAAAAAUUAGUUUGAAAAAAUAUUUAUUGUAUAUAUUGCUAUUAAGAAAGCAUUGUAUUUUUGCGUGGUUCAUAUGCGUAACAACAUGUAUAGUGAUAUUUUUUGUUGGACUUCGAGAUCAUCUGUGGGGAUCUGUGCGUGGCAUGCCCCUGCGUAAAACUGCAGUAAAAUUGGGAUGAUGAAACAUCAUUGCCUCUUAUAUACCGCAUGGAAUAGUACUCUAACAAAUACUAAUAACAUUGUACGUCCAGGGCCUUAUUAUUUAAAAUCACACCUUUUUGAUGAUGUGUGUUUAUGCUCUGCAACGAAUGCUGACAGUUUUUUUCUAUAAUCGUCAUGCAUAGUAUUAUAAUUACUAAACCUGCUGGAAAGAUUAACAUGAAAAGCGUGUCAUCAUCAUCUAAGUUAUAAACACUAAGGGACAUAACUCGAAAAACUUUAAAAAGAAAAAAGAAAACAAUGGGACGUAGGAAAACAAAAACAGUAUCCCUAACUUAGACAUAUAUAACGUCAUUAUCAUAAUCAUCCGCGUCCACGAUAUUUGUCUUUCUCGAUUCUUUACACUUCUUACGAUAGUAAAGUGUGUGUAUCAGCUCACUGUAACACGUUACAACAGUCAGCCAUGGUAAGUCUGAUGCGUGUUUAAUGGUAACCAGGGUAUGAUAAACACACGUAGUUCAGCGUGUAGAUGUAUGGCGGAUUGUCUUUUGUUCGAGUUAAGAAGUAUGCAGUAAGGCAGAUAUUGCAUAUUUCUUGUUAUUACUCGGUGCCUAUUAUACCCUCGCUAUCGCACUGACGUAAUAAAUCCCUUAUUACUAUAAAACCAUACAAUAACCGUAUCAUACCAUUCAUUGAUUCAUAUAUCAUGCUACCGCCGUUUAUACCUGCACUACUGCUGGAGGGAGCUUUACGUGACAGUCUCACACGCCCUUUGUACUAUAUAUUCUGUCCCUUGUCAUACAUGUUACCGUUGAGUUGAUAUUAGUGUCAUUCGAUUCCUAGCCUCAGUCUCAUUACCGUUACGUUACUUAAAGAAAUUCGUUACCUGGCGUUUUCCAAAGCAAAGUUUGAUUAAUUUUAUGGCAAAAGGAACUUUUCUUUUAACUAAUUAAUAAAGUUAUGACUAUUUUCUGGAACGUUCGUGACACUGGGCCUGAUCAUCAAACAUUUAAAGUUAAGCUUAAUUUUUCAUUACAUAUUUUUCUUUUUAUUUAGGCAGAUUACUUUGACAGAAUGUUUGAAACAUACAGGCUACGAUGAGUUUAAUCCUAAAUCUUGUAAAUAGGAAGCUGAUGGAGUUGUAACAUAAACAAUUACCAUUUAACCUCUGCCUGUUUAUCUCUUGUGUAACCUCUUGACAUUAUUUUCUGUAAGGCGUAUUGACUAAUUUAGCUCCACAUUGUUUGUCAUGUCAUAGUAUAUAAACAUUGUUAUUGUGACUGUAGUAUACACAAUUGUAUGAGCUUCUCAAGGUUACCUUUGGCAAGGUCAUUUAAUAUAAGAUAUUUGUUACUUGUGAUUGUAUAUUUCAAUACAGUAUUGAUAUAACAAGUUUAACGUAUUAAGUUUUAUUGUAAUAAAUGUGUUACUGUUCUGUUACCUUGAUCAACAAUUAUAACAUUAAAUCUGCA